UAUUUAAUUAAUUGUUUUGCUAACUCCAGUUAAACUAGAAAAGAAGCACAGGUUAAAUAAAUAUAUGUAGCUAAUUUUGUGUAGUGAAUUAUCAGCUGACAUUAAAAACACAAUAGUUGCUUUCCAUUUGCAUCACAACUCAGAUAAUUCUCAUUUGUGAUGUCAUAACGCAGUUGAAUUCAGGUUCCUUUUCAACCCGACAUGUGAGAUUUUACCUACAAUUUGCACAAGCUCGUGUGCUUUACUACUAAGUCUUAUUUAAUUCACAUUGAAAGUGAGAUUAUAUAAGCCUAUAUUGUUAUGUGACAAUUUUGUCGUCAAAGUAAACAGGUCUUGGCAGCUACAGUAUAAUGUAACAAUUAUGUUUUAAUUAAUGUAAAGAUGGAUCGCACCGUACUCGUGGCGUUUGAUUUUGACCACACCAUCUGCGACGGUAACACCGAUCUAGUAGUGCAAAAUUUGCUACCAAUCGAGAUAUCCAAGGAUGUGCACAACUUACGGAAGUCUAGUGGCUGGAUAGCCUAUAUGAGCAAGAUCUUCGAGCUUCUACAUGAGAACUCUGUAAGAGCGCAUCAGAUCGAAAACGUUAUUAUUGGUAUACCUGAAGUUGCAGGGAUGCAGAGGCUCCUCACUUCCCUACAUGACAACGGUCACGAGAUCAUUAUUAUCAGCGAUUCUAAUAGCAUGUUCAUAGACACUUGGCUGAGAAGUAAGCGGCUCGAUCGUGUUGUGUCGCAUGUUUUCACGAACCCAGCCCGAUAUGACAAAGGCAGGCUGAGGGUGGACCCAUAUCAUAUGCAAGACACAUGCCAAAUGAGCGCUGUCAAUCUUUGCAAAGGACAGAUUUUAACGGACUAUAUUCAGGAUAAGCGCAAACAGGGUAAAAGCUAUGAGAGAAUUGUCUAUAUCGGCGAUGGAAGGAAUGAUCUCUGCCCGAUUUUGCGCCUCUCAGAGACUGAUCUGGCAUGUCCGCGUAAAGGCUAUUCGCUCAUUAACCGGCUAAAUGAAUUAUCUACCUCCAUGUCGCCAAAGGCAAAAAUUGUGCUAUGGGAGGACGGUACUGAUUUACAAUUCAGAUUGGAACAGUUCAUAGAACUUCCGCCUUUAACAUAAUUUCAUCAAUAAAUUUUUUGCGCUUUUU